AUGUCAGCAAUUUUACGUUUUACAUUUGUCUGGAUGAAAGCAUAUAUUCCAUGGGUUUUAGGGAUUAUCAUGCUGGGAAUGGGUAUGACCAUGACCGUGGACGAAUUUAAGAAUGUCUUGUCAAAUCCCAAAGCGGUUGUGAUCGGUGUCGUUGCACAUUUUGUGGUGAUGCCCAGUGUGGCAUUCUUUCUUUACAACAUGUUGGCGUUCUUUAGCCACGAUACCGCUAUUUUCAUCAGCAAAAACAAACAGUUCACCACCACGUGCUUGGACUUCUUCCAUAUUGGAUUUAAGUUUAUCCAGCAUGUCAUCAUUCGGUGCAAGAAUCACCACAGGCAUAUCAUUGUCGACCAAAGCCAGUGGGCCAUGUUUCAAUUCACCCGCAGCAUAACCUUCGGCAUGAAUAUAUGA